AUGAAGCGUACAUUUUCGAAUGACGAAUUUGAUAAAAAUGGUGAUAGUUUAAGUGGUACACAAGUUAAUGAUAUUAGUAAAAAAAGUCGUUCCGAGCCAGUAUUACCAUCUCGUGUUGUUCAUUUGAGAAAUAUUGAAGCAAGUGAAAUUGAAGUUGUACAAUUAGGAUUACCAUUUGGAAGAGUAACAAAUUUUCUUAAUUUACGGAAAAAAUCACAGGCCUUUCUUGAAUUUGAUUCUUGUGAACACGCUAAAACAAUGGUCGAUUAUUUUAACAGCGGUCCAGCUAUGUUAAAUGGUCGUCAAGUAUUUGCUCAAUUUUCCAAUCAUGGUGAAUUACGUACAGAUCCUACAAAUCGUUCAAAUCAACAAGCACAUAUAGCAUUAACACAAGCUACAGAACUCUAUGAGACGGCACAAAAAGGUGGUCCAAAUUGUGUACUAAGAAUCAGUAUUAUUAACAUGUUAUUUCCAGUAUCAAUCGAUGUUUUACAUCAAAUAUUUACAAAAUUUGGAGCUGUUUUGAAAAUUAUUACAUUUACAAAAAAUGAUAAAUUUCAAGCUCUAAUACAAAUGAAAGAUCAUAGUGGUGCACAACAAGCAAAAUUGCAAUUACACGGUCAAAAUAUCUACAAUGGAUGUUGCACAUUACAAAUUGAAUAUUCAAAACUUUAUUCUUUAACUGUUAAAUAUAAUAAUGAUAAAAGUCGAGAUUAUACCAAUCCCACAUUACCAUCGGGUGAUUCGCAACAAACACAAUUACAAUCCAAUACAGAUCAAAUGACAAAUAUGCUAGACUCACGGGGUUUACAUUCAAAUAAUAGUCUAUUAUCAUUAAAUCGUUCUAAUUCCAAUGACGAUUAUCGUUAUAGCAUAUUUGACCAUAGACAAAAUUGUGCAAAUCCAUUAAUAAAUGCUCCACCAUCGUUUAAUCCUAUGCAAUCUCAAUACGGUCUCGGUGCAGCUCAAAUGGUUUCUCAUUUACAACAACAGCAGCAACAAUUACCCUCACAACAAGCAGUUCAGAAUGGUCCAGUUAUACUUGUGUCAAAUUUAAACGAAGACAUGAUCACACCUGAAGCCUUAUUUACUUUAUUCGGUGUCUACGGUGAUGUGCAUCGCGUAAAAAUAUUGUUUAAUAAAAAAGACAGUGCACUUAUACAAUUUGCUACACCACAACAAGCCGCUGUUGCUCAUCAACAUUUGGAUCAUAUAACAAUGUUUGGUAAACAAAUUAAAGUAUCAUUUUCAAAACAUCAAUUUGUACAAAUGCCAAAAGAAGGAGGAUCCGAUAUGGGUUUAACAAAAGAUUUUACAAAUUCACCAUUACAUCGUUUUAAAAAACCAGGUUCAAAAAAUUACAAUAAUAUCUAUCCACCUGGUCCAGUACUUCAUUUAUCGAAUAUACCUACUGAAACAAGUGAAGAAGAAAUUCGUCGAAUAUUUUCACAAUAUGGAACAAUAAAACGUUUUAAAUUUUUUGAAAAAGAUCGAAAAAUGGCACUAAUUGAAAUGGAUUCUAUUGAAGAAGCAAUUGCAGCACUUAUUAAUACCCACAAUUAUCGUUUAGCUGACAGUAUGCAUUUACGUGUAUCAUUUUCCAAAACAAAAUUGUAAGUAAUAUAUGUGUCAACCAAUCAAUCUUAUGUUGUUUGUCAAAUUAUCUGUAUCUGUGUGUGUGUAUGUAUCGUAUUUUUAAACUUUUAAAAAAAACAAAAACAAUUUAUCUCAAAAAUCAACGGAAACAAAAUAUAACCACCGCUCUCUCUGUCUCUCACAUCAACUUGUUCUGAUUUUUUUUUCCCUCUAUUUGUAUGCCGUCUUUUGUUUUUUCCCAAACUUCAUUGGGUUUUUCUAUUCUUCGUGCACAUACACAUAAACUGUGCGAUUUUUUUUUCUUAUUUGGUGUUUUGUGUGCAGAUUGAUUUUUUCUUCUUUUCUGUUUCAUAUUUCUAGCGAUGGUUUUUGCUAUAAAAACCUUUUUCUUUUUUCGUUUUUGUUUUUAUGUUUAUUUGUUUUUUGUAUGAUGUUCUUUAAACGAACAAAAAAAAAAUCAUAACGGUGUACAUUUUGUUAAAAUUUUGAAAAACAAUGGGUAGAUAUCCAUUUCAUGAUCUAACAGAAUGAUAUCAUAAACUAUUAGUAUGACAUGAGCUAUAGUUUUUGAUUGAGUUUUGAUAAUCACUUUUUCUUAGGAAAAAUUGAUAUUCUCAUCUGUCGUUCUCGAUAAUGAUAUACCAUCAAGGGUUAGUAUAAAGAAGGAGAAACUUAUUUCAAAUAUUCAUCAACGAUAUAAAUGUCUUUCUUGCAUUGCAAAUCAAAUUCCUAAUUCAGUAUUUGUUGUACAGAAAUAAAUUAUAUUGUUAGACGGUACACUUAUUUGAUCAAACAUCAUACCAACCUUGUUUUAUUAGAACGGUUUUGAAAGAGAAAACAAAACAUAUCUUUUUUUAUUAAUUUUCUACCUUUUUUCCUGGUCACUCACAAUUCUGUUGUUGAAGUUACUUGAAACCCUUUCUCAUAUUUAGAUUUUCUAAUCAGUUGACAUAUUCUCAACAAUACAAAACUGUGAAUGAUUAUUAUUAUAUCAUAAAUAGAAUUUUGAAGUACUUAUAUGUAUAAUGUUGAUAUUGAUGUUCAAUUUUUGUUAAUGUUAAUAAGAAAAAAAAACUUCUUAACAUGUCAAAUCACUAAUUGAAGAUAAUAAAUGCAAAACUACUAUCCAUCCCAAAAUACAGUGCCGGUGGGCAUUUUUUGAAUAACUUUUGAUAGGAAUGAGAUAGAGACCUGCGAUUUUCGCUGUUCGAUAGCCAAGACUUGAGCAGAACUUUUCACAAGCGGAAGCAACUUUUGAAAGAAUUUCAAAGAUCGGGUUUCCAGAGGAUAUUUGGAAAACCAGCUCCGUUCUCAGAAAACUAAAAUACAAUGUUAGUAAUUUUUUGCAUGCGUAGAUAGUCCGGACGUUACUCUACAAAAUUAUGCAAGUCCCGGCUCUCUAGCUAUCGUCGUUCGGGUAGGGCUCGCUUUCCCCGAGCACGUGUCUAUCUCCGAGCAGACAUCUCUGGGAAUCUCAAAAUGCCAUGGACUACUAUAGGUAAUCGACUACGCUGAGCAUAGUGGCAACAUUUGUUUUUGUGUAGAAAUGAAUAUAACUUCGCCAGAGACAUUGUUGUGAAAAAUCGGUUUUUCGCCUGUUACUAGCAAAAAUUAAAAUCCUUAUAUCGCGAUCAAAUCUCAUGCUGACUCAAGGAAAUUUUCAGGAAAGGCUUAAAAGGUGCCAUAUGUUGUUGACCACGCCGAAAAAGUGGUCCA